AUGAAGUACUACUGGGUCUCCUUCGUGUUGCCGUGUCUAUUCGCCGUUUCGAACGCGAUACCCCCGCCGUCGUCGUCUGGAGUAACCUAUACCGAGACUUGGGGAUGCUGGCCUACGACCGUCACGUACACACUCCCUAAGGCCACACCGACGUCGGAAGUGGUCGUUACGCAGACAUUGACCUCGAGCUUUCCCAACUCUGCCUCUCCCCACCAGCUCCCCCCGCCUCAAGACCUCCUCACUUCAAGUGAACGCUUUCAGCACCCUUUCUCAUCACCAACCAUUCUCGUCGUUAUACAAUCAAGAAUGUCUUCCGCCAUUACAUCGCCGUCCCCUGAGGCGUCUCCCUCGCCCGCUGCGAAGCCCGCCUCCACUCGGUCCAAGAAACCCGCGUCGAAGACCGCAACCAAACCCUCGUCUAAGAGGGUCGCUGCCGCUGCCAAGAAGUCUGCAACUACCACGAAGAAGGCCUCUGCUGCUGCUAAGACAGCAUCUAAGCCCAAGACAUCCGCUGCCGCCAAGACCACCACAUCCGCUGCUACUCACCCCGCAUGGAAGGACAUCAUCGCCGAAUGUAUCAUCGCCCAUCCUGAUGAGGCGCGUCAAGGUGUCUCACGCAGCACCAUCAAGAAGUUUGCUGAGGAACAAUAUAAGAUUGAGAUGAACGCUUCCAACCUUUCGCACCUCAAUCGUGCCAUCACCGCCGGCGCUGAUAAGGAAAUCUUCAAGUUACCUAAGGGUCCCUCCGGCAAGGUUAAGCUUGCCCCGGAGGCAAAGGCCGCCGCCGUUGCCGCCGCCAAAGAGAACGCUAAGCCACCUUCCAAGGUCAAGAAACCAUCUACCACUACCAAGCCCGCUGCUACCAAAGCAGCUCCCGCCAAACCCGUUGCGGCGAAGGCUGCUCCCAAAGUCGCCUCCAAGCCAGCUGCGAAGACCACUACUGCCAAAUCAGCUAGCAAGUCGACCGCCGCCGCCAAGAAGCCUUCGGCUGCGAAGGCCACUGCAACCAAGAAGGCGUCUGCCACUAAGACAGCCACCACCAAGAAGACCACUGUGGCUUCUAAGCGUGGGUCAGCGAAGAAGGCUGUUACCGGAACAACUACCACAUCGAGGGCAAAGUCUGCCGCUAAGAAAGCGCCUGUCAAGGCUGUGAAGAAGGCCGUUGCCUCCACGAAGAAGGCUCCGUCGGCGAAGAAGACGACCAAAAAAGUAACUAAACCAGUGGCUGCUCCUUUGCCCCUUGCUUCCUCCUCAACUCCAUCUUCUCGUUUCAUGCAACCCGCAAAAUCUCAGCACCAAUAUGCAACACGGACCAGCAACAACGUCGACAUAAAGCCUGCUCAUCGUCACAGACAGUCUCCAAGCCCUCCCGCCCCAGCGCCCGCCGCCUCGAAUACUUCCUCCACCGCCACCGCCUACAGCAACGAUCAUGCAAUUAUUACGUUUCCACCCCCGCAUAUAGUCCUUCAUCCCGACGACGCCAAUAGCAGGGUCUUCUUGGCCAUUGGGCGGUCAUUCAUGUCUGUCGACAACCGCGCCCUCACAAUCAAAGAUCUCGCGGACAUGACCCCAAAGUUUGGUCUGGUUUGCCAAACCGUGUCCGCAGCCAACCAGGCAAUCACGACAUACAUUCGAUCGCACAUGCAGCGCUGCGAGGCCCAGCAAGACACGCCGCUUCUCCUUAAACAUACUCUUUCUGGCACCGCAUCAGACGACGACCUGCUUCCAGCUCUCCAUUCUCGUUCCGGAGGCGCUCAGUGCGCGUCAGGCCCGGGGAACAAAGUUACUAAUUUUAGACGCGGCACGGUUGUGUGGUAUCUGAGCAGGGCCACCGGCGCUCCCUGCCCUUUCGCGCGUGCUGGAAUCAGGCUAUGCGACUACGUCGAUCGCGGCAAGCCCGAGCCCAAGAAGCCGCGACAUGCAAGCGAUGAGCAACAGCAGUGUGGGCAGAAGCGGAAGAGGCAUCUCCGUACGAGACUUGGCGGAGGCGAUGAUGAAUCGGAUACUUCGCCGGAUGAUGCUCAGCGCCCGCCCAAAGUGAAGUUAACACUGCGGUUAAAGCCAAUGCUGAUGCCGACUUCAUCCUCCGAGCCCCGCCACACUGCACACAAUCUUGACUCCGAUGACUCUAUGUCGGAUGACUCCUCGUCCGAUGAGGAAGAGAACACCCCCCAGGAAGAUGAUCUAUGGGCGUUGCCACCGUAUCCAAGACGGUCUAUUUCGAUCCCUUCCUACACACCCAGCCUCGACACGUUUUCCUCGUACCCAUAUUAUUCCGACAUGCCACAGACAUCAGGCACCCCACGUUGUCGUGCCACCUCAGUUCCCUACAGUAUAGGCUCGCCACCUCCAGACUCGGAUGACGAAAAAGAUUUUUCAAUUGCUAUGACACGCUCACGACCUUUCAUGUCUGAUGACUGGGAUCAUGAAGUUGAUAGCGAGGGUGAUGGCGAGACACUCUGGGAGAGUCCAGGCCCCCGCUCACCAUCGGCUCCUGCGUCUCAUUCGGACUUCGCCGAGGUCGCUGUAACAGUGAAGCAAGAGCCGCGCGAUGUUCAGAGUAUGUUGGACGCGUGGGACGACUAUACAUUCAAUACGUCAGAUGGGCAUCACCUUCACACUGCGACGUCUAGCAACCCGGUGAAAGUGGAGCCUACUGAUCUACCGCCUUGGAAUUGGGAACCUGUUCCGUGGGAGGAAGAUUCGCCGCCAGUCUUUUCGCCAGCGAUCAAAGAAGAGGACCACGACUUCGAGAAUCUUCUUGCCAACUACUCCCCGCUAUCCUCGGAAGGCUCGAGCAUAUCAGACAGUCCUUCACAUCCUCCCCGGACCAUUACGGCGGAAGAGGAGACGCGUCAUAUGUCAUCACCUCAGCCUCAGUCACCUGCACCGCAGGCUCUACGGCUGGAGAUGCCCUCGCAUACUUUUGCCGACCCUUCGGCGACCUCAUUCCUUAAUGAUGCACAGUCACCCACUUUGGCAACUCUCGCUUCCCUCAUCCAGUCCAUGUCGAUGAGCUCCCCGACGGCUGUUUCGCCUGCGGCGCUACGGAUCACCCCUUCUGCUACCGGUGCACCUUCCUUUGCCUCUUCCCUUGAGUCAGCACCCCCGGACGUAGUCGUGGUACACACGUGUCAGCCUUGCACACCGAUUGUCAGUGCCACCCAAGUUGAAGGUAUCUCAGUGUAUCAGACAGUGAUCGGAAGCCGGCGUCUGCUGCGGAGGAUCGACACUGACUUCGUCAAUAUCUCGCCUGUAGCUGCGUACAUCGGUUCGAGCAUUCCGUCUACAUCUGCGGCUGUGCAAGUGACUAAGGGCUCCGCCGCCGUCUCAGGGACGUGGGUCCCUCUACUCGUGGCGCAGUCAUACCUCGAGUCGUGCAUAGCUUCGACGUCGAACUUGUCUUCCACGGAGCGCGCAUCUCUCCAGGGUCUUCUGGAUAUUUUCUUGUCCGACGUGCUCUUUGAGCGCUUCCCGACUGCGCUGCAAGACUUUCACCGAUCAAGCACGCCUGGGCGUUUGCUGCAGCAGUUUGGGCCCCACUUUCAAUCUACCAUGGUAUCAUCAAUAGCCGAACAGCAGCAAGGAUGGGAUGUUCUGCAUCAUCAUCAUCAUCAUCAUAACACCUAUGAGGCAAUCACGUUAGGCCCUUCGUUGUCUUGGGCACCCCGUGGAAGCAGAGAUUUCUACCCGGCGGACCAGGCGGUUGAGGAUACCCAGCUCAGCCCAUCGGAGCAAGAGAUUUUCCAGGCGAUAUGUGCGAACCCCGACUGGGAGCAGGAUGCCCCUCCAGUGGAGGUGGAGCCAGCUCAUGUUCUCGAACGUGAAGAAGCCAUUUCUGAGCCUAAAUACGCCACGGAACUUGUUACCCAACCUCCUUGCCAGAUCACGAAGUUGGUCCCUGUUGAACACGGGUUUGAAGAAGUGCCCCACCAAGCGGCUCAUGUCCCUCUCCUCGUCAAGACCCCCCUUGCUCCGCAAGUAGUGCCAGAGAACUCCAAUCAACCCCUUCGGCGCUCAAAGCGGGUCGCAGACGCUCUUUCCUCCAAAACACAGACCAGAUCACGGAGGCGUUCGACCAAGGCAUUGUCGUAA